GGUCCUCCAGUUAAUCAUAGUGGAGAGAAAUGGGUCCUUCAAGAUUGAGAAGAUGCAACAGCAGGAUCGCCUCAUGCCAAUCAUCGAGAAGCUUGCAUUGGUUAUAAGAGCUGCUUCUGAGGAGGUAGUGCGAGACCAUUUUGGAGGAGAGAUCAUUGAUGAGCUCUACAACCGAUUCACAAAGAAACUGGAGCAGUCUGCCCUCUUCUCGGAUUCUAGUUUUGUGCCCAAUUUGGACUUAUUUACUUUCCUAAAGCGAAAUGGUAGGGAAUGAUAAGAAGUCAUAUUAAUUACAAGAGGAACGUAACAUCCCACUUCAUAUGUAAUUAAGGGAAAAUAUAUCACAUUCCUCUACGCACUAAUAAAUUUUUAGAUAAGUU